UAUUGUCCUCUUCCUUCUUUCAAUCUUCUGUCAUCAUCAACAUAUCUCGUUUGACUUUUAAGGAUCCGGUCUGCGUUGAUAGCCUCUGUCUUUCACUGGCAACAUUCACAGCAUUCAAUAUGCUGGACUUCUACUCCAUUAUCCAAUAUGGACUGUACGCGUUUGCCCUCUUGGUGAUUUCUAUCGUCCUCAAUGCCCUCCAUCAACUCCUUCCCAAGAAGUCCGAACCUCCUAUGGUCUGGCAUUGGAUCCCGUUCAUUGGAAAUGCCAUUGAAUGUAAGUUCUCACCUUCUUCCUUCUCUCCGCCUCGUCAUCACACUACAUUUUCAGAGGCUCAGAAAAUGGUUCUUUCCAUCAAUGCUCAGCUAGCGUUCCAAUGUCACGAAAGUAUCAUCGACAUUCAAUCAGUAUUCCUAGGUUUCCCUCGUCAAUCCGCAACUAAGAUUUCCACCCUGCAGAUGGCACCGACCCCCUGAACUUCUACACCAGCUCCGCGCGUCUCCAUGGCCAAAUCUUCACAUACGUCCUCUUCGGCAAGAAAAUGACCGUCUAUCUGGGUACCGCUGGCAAUGAAUUCAUCCUUAAUGGACGGCUGCAAGAUGUUAAUGCAGAGGAAAUAUAUGGCCCUCUCACAACCCCCGUCUUCGGCCGCAACAUCAUCUACGACUGCCCCAACAGCAAACUAAUGGAACAAAAGAAAUUCGUCAAAUUUGGACUCACCCAACGCGCCCUCGAACAACACGUCCCACUCAUCGAGCACGAAGUCCUCUCCUACAUAAGCCCGGCUUCCACUCCAAACACUCCAUUCCACGGUGCUCAAGGCUCCGUCGACAUUACGCACGCUAUGGCAGAGAUUACAAUUUUCACAGCUGGGAGGGCAUUACAAGGUGCAGAAGUUCGAAGUAAACUCACGAAUGAGUUUGCCGUUCUGUAUGAUGACCUCGAUCGGGGAUUUCGACCUAUCAAUUUCUUAAUGCCAUGGGCACCGUUACCGAGGAACUGGAAAAGGGAUCGCGCGCAUAGGACAAUGACGGGCGUGUAUAUGGAUAUCAUUUCGCGACGACGACAGGCUCGCAGUGUUAGAGUUGGGGGUGUGAAGAGUGAGAUAGUGGGAAGAGGGCUAGAGGGAAAAAGCGAGGAAGAUAUGAUUGAUAAUCUCAUGGGAUGCACGUAUAAAUCUGGAGCCCCGAUCCCAGAUAUCGAGAUUGCGCAUCUCAUGAUUACACUUCUCAUGGCCGGGCAACACUCGUCGUCCAGCUCCUCAUCCUGGAUCAUGCUCCGCCUCGCUAGCCGUCCUGACAUCGCGGAGGAGCUUUACGCUGAGCAGCAGGCGAAUCUUGAUAUGGGGCGUGGGUUGAGAUAUGAGGAUUUAGAGAGAUUACCACUGCUAGGGAAUGUAGUCAAGGAGACGCUGAGGUGUCAUUCUUCGAUUCAUUCAUUGAUGCGGAAGGUUAAGAAUGAUCUCCCGGUUCCAGGGACGGACUACGUUGUUACUAAGGAUAAAGUCCUCGUUGCGUCGCCGAUUGUGUCGCAUAUGUCCGAAGAGUAUUUCGAGAGGCCGGGGGUAUGGGAUCCGCAUCGUUGGGAUACAAUCGUCGCCGACCUGGAUUUCAACCCCAAUACCGAUGCCGAAGAUAAAACAGCUGGAAAGCAAGGCGCAGUGAGAGAUGUGAACGCAGAUGAGACCGUCGACUACGGUUGUGGCACCGUAAACAAGGGAACUAAGAGUCCUUACCUUCCAUUCGGUGCAGGCAGACAUAGGUGUAUUGGGGAGAAGUUUGCGUAUGUCAAUCUUUGUACUAUUGUUGGUACGCUGGUGAGGGAGUUUAGGUGGAGUGUUGAUGAGGUUCCGAGGACAGAUUAUUCGAGUCUGUUCUCUAGACCUAUGCCUGGUGCCAGAGUGAGGUGGGAGAGAAGGGUGAAGAAUUGAGAAUAGAAAGGGAGCCGGUAGAUGUUGGAAACUUGGAAGAAGGACGUUCAAAAAGGAUUGACUAAAUGGGAAACAAAGCAUAAAGCAUACAAGGUAGCUAGGUAGCAUUUGUGGAGUGUAGUGGUUGUGCGCAGAGGCGAGAAGAUCGGUGAGCGAGACGGGGGAAGCUAAAACUCCGAAAUAGCUGUGGAAUCUGAAAUGUCCAUGAUGAAGUCACUUUUCCGAAUCCAGGAAACGUAAUGUCCCUUAAUUCUGGGCAUGGGGUUUUUCCAUGCACAGAAAAGAAAAGAGAUACUUGAAGACACCAAAAUGCUAACACCACUUCUGCUUCGGUAAAGGCGCUGCGAGACCAAAUCAAUAAUGGGUGAAGUAGAAAGACC